AUGCGCCUUUCUGCUUUAGAGUCCACAGCAGUUCCAGAAGGAGGUGUGACCAGCGACACUCCCGCAGAACCCGGGACUGCCGAGGAGGUUCCCCCAGAGGAAGGGUGCGAAGCGGUAGAUCCAGGGCCGGUUGCCAUUGCUGUUGACCCGAACACCCAGGAGGUUGGCAAGGCUAUGCUAGUCCUUCAACCAGUCAGCAGCAGCCCCCUGUGGCUGAUCCAUUUGGGAGCCUUCAGGCUGCAGGGCCAACGGGCACCUUUCAUGUCUGCCAAUUUACGUUCUGUGGCUGGCAUGGAAGAGGUGGUCCGUGUUAAGAUUGCCAAAGAGUGCACGGAGGGACGGGUCCUUGGGCCAUUUGAUUCUCCCCCUGUUCCAUGUUUGAGAGUUUCGCCAUUAGGUGUUGUUCCCAAAAAGGCGGCUGUGUGGAUCUGGGGUAAGGAGUUAGCAAACCACACAGUCCACUUCUGGUGCGACAACCAGGCGGUGGUACAUGUGCGGGGCAGGGGUCUUUCCGUUAAGUCCAUUAGGGGUCAGCUGUCGGCGUUGGCAUUCAUCUGCAAGGCCCGUGGUUUGCCGGAAGUCACUGGGGAUUUCCGCAUACGCAAAAUGUUAGAAGGUUGGUCGAGGGAGACCAGUGGGCCCAGGGACCUGCGCCAGCCCAUUUCCCCAUCGGUGCUGAAGGGACUUGGGGCAGCUUGGGAGACGGUGUGCUCCUCCGACUAUGAGCGGCUGCUUUUCCAUGCUGCUGCGCUGGUGGCCUUCUUCGGGGCCCUGAGGGUUGUGCCAAGGGCAUUGUGUAACGACAACUGCCAUCCUGGUUACCAUAGGAAACAGAAAGAAGGGAAACCGUUUUGUUGCUACGAUUGUGUUCCGUGUCCAGCAGGAAAGAUUUCAGGCCAGAAGAAUGUAGAUGAUUGUUACAAAUGCCCAGAAGAUCAGUAUCCAAACAAGGAGCAAAAUGGAUGCCUGCCCAAGGAUAUCAACUUCCUGUCUUAUGCUGAACCUCUGGGCAUGAGUUUGGCUGUCUCUGCUCUGACUCUUUCUCUGGCCACAGCGGCGGUGCUUGGGAUCUUCAUCAGGCACCAGAACACUCCCGUCGUCAAAGCCAACAACAGGGAACUCUCCUAUGCUCUGCUCAUCUCCCUCCUGCUCUGCUUCCUCUGCUCCUUGCUCUUCAUUGGCCGGCCCGAGAGAGUGACCUGCCUUCUACAACAAACUGCUUUCGGGAUCAUCUUCUCGGUGGCUGUUUCUUGUGUCCUGGCCAAAACCAUCACUGUGAUUCUGGCGUUUGUGGCCACGAGGCCAGGUUCCAGGAUGAGGAAGUGGGUGGGGAAGAGACUGGCAAGCUGGGUGGUUCUUUGCUGUGCAUUCAUUCAAGCAAGCCUUUGCGCUGUGUGGCUGUUCACCAGUCCUCCAGGCCCAGAUGCUGACACGCACUCCGUGCUGGGAGAAGUCAUAUUGAAAUGCAACGAAGGAGCAGGCAGUCUGUUCUAUUAUAUUCUGGGGUACUUGGGGCUUCUUGCCCUUGUCAGCUUCGUCAUCGCUUUCUUUGCCAGGAAGCUGCCCGACUCCUUCAACGAAGCCAAGUUCAUCACUUUCAGCAUGUUGGUCUUUUACAGCGUGUGGAUUUCUUUUGUCCCAACUUAUCGCAGCACCAAAGGGAAAUACGUGGUGGCCGUGGAGAUCUUCUCCAUCUUGGCCUCUGGGGCUGGAUUACUGGGCUGCAUCUUUGCCCCCAAAAUGUAUUUAAUUAUUCUGAGGCCUGAACUGAACAACAAGGAACAGCUAAUCAAGAGUAAGAAGGGAAGAAGUCCUUGA